AUGAACAAUCAGCCUCCUUCUCCCUCGGACACGAUAGAGCCGUCCAAGACUAUCACAUACGAUACCCCUGAUAGUCCUCGAAUCUACCCAAAUGACUUAACGGCUGCCAAUUUCCGUCUAGAGAAUACAAAUGACGAGACGAAAUAUACCCCUGGGCUGUGGUCGUCGGGUGGUAGCACUGCAGUGUCCCUUUCCGGAAACCAGGAUGACAACUCGAUGCCGGCAACCCUCUCACGCCAUUUCCGAGCAAACAUAAGUACCAAACAUACCGAUAUCGUUUUAAUAGUUUGUGGAUUUGUCGGCGGUCUGGUCGACGGUCUAUCCUUUAAUGCAUGGGGAAGUUUCUCCAGUAUGCAAACAGGAAACACAGUCUUCCUGGCUCUCGGUGUCUCCGGCCAACCUGCCUAUCCCGCAUAUCUCUGGGCCAAGUCCCUGAUUGCCAUAACGGUAUUCAUCUGCAGCAAUAUCUUCUUCAUCCACAUGCACCGAUUCCUCAAUCCUCGGCGCCGCUCAACAAUGAUCAUCUCAUUCGGUAUCCAGACUGCUGCCAUCCUAGCCGCCGCUAUUCUCGUCCAGCUGGGCGUCAUCCUCCCCAAGCCCGAGGACCCUCGCGCCCCGAUAGAGUGGAUGCAAAUCCUACCCAUCUCUCUUCUAUCAUUCCAAGCCGGUGGUCAGAUCUGCGCAUCCCGAAUUCUAGGACUCGAUGAGAUCCCGACAGUUGUUGUCACUACGCUUCUAUGUGACCUGCUUGUCGACCCGAAGUUGACAGCCAAGGUGAACCCGAAGCGAAACCGUCGCAUCGGGUCAUUCCUUGCCUUGUUCUUUGGUGCUAUGACGGCUGGUGGGCUUUCAAAGACCACCGGUAUGGCUUCCAGUCUUUGGUUUGCUAUGGGGUUGAAGCUGACCAUCACUUUGGGAUGGUUUGUCUGGCGUCGGGAGGGUAGGAGAAAGAGUGACGUGGAUGUGUGA